UGUUUAACAAUUAGACUACUACCUGCACUGGCUCGUCGCCCCAAGCAACAUUGCUCUGACAAGCUCUUCCAGGCAAUCUGAAAAAAGCGAAAUUGGUAUUGUUACAUACUCAUAAGCGUGAGAUACAUUGUUCCUCUGAAACUUGCACUUGCUUGACGGCCGCCGUCACAUUCACAGCGAGGCACCGCACCAGAAGCUUUUAUUAGCAAAGCCAUCAUGGGACGCCGCCGCUGGAAUAGGAAGCACCCCCAGAAGGCGGAGGAGCAGCGGCAGCCCCGGACCGAGGAUGUUGUCGACCCCCCUGCGCGCCUGCUGGCGCUGCAGCCCGACAGCACCGUGGUGGCGGUCGCUAUCGGGCCGCGCGUGACGCUGGUGGACUACAAGACGGGCGAGGUUGUACCGCUGGCCAUCCCGGCCGCGCCCGCGGCCGCGCCCACCCACAAGCACAACGCCCGCGCGCAGAAGAAGCAGGCAGCGGCGGCGGCAGCCGCCGCCGCCGCCUCCACGGACGCAGCGGCCGCCACAGCCGAGCCUGCUACCGCCGAGCUCGCGGCAGAGGCGGGCUCCACUGCGGCUGCCGCCGCCGCCGCUGCCGAGCCCACCGCGCACCACGGCAACGUGCGCGUGCUGGCGUUCAGCCCCGACGGACGCUGCCUGCUCACCGGCGGCGACGACAAGGCCGCGCGCCUGUGGGCCGCGCCCGCCGCCUCCUCCGGCAGUAGCAGCACCGGCAGCGGCAGUAGCACGCGUGCCGCAUGGCCGUGCGUUGCCUCGUGGCGUUGCCCCAAGAAGACCUCGGCGGGCGGCUUCAGCCACGCCGGCACACACGCGCUGUUCGCGGAUAAGUUCGGGGACGUGCUUGUGGGGCCGGUGCCGGCGGACCUGGACGCAGCAGUAGCAGCCGCAGCCGCUACCGCCACGGCUGGUGGCGCUACUGCCGACGGGAGCGCUGCUACGGCUGGGGCGGCGGCGGGAGCAGCGGCGGCGGCGGCGGCGGCGCCCAGCACGCUGCUCGGGCACUUCUGUUCCAUCGUGACUGGUGUGGCGGCGGCGCCGUGCGGGCGGCUGCUAGCCACCAGCGACAAGGACUACAAGGUGCGUGUAAGCGUGCUGCCGCCCCAGCUGCACCAGAUCUCGGUGGAGGUCCAGGCCUACUGCCUAGGGCACCAGGACUUCGUGUCCUGCAUCGCGUUCGCCGUACGGCAGCCCGGAUCCGGAUCUGGAUCUGGAUCCGACGCCCUGCUGGUCAGCGGCAGCGGUGACGGCACCGUGCGGCUGUGGGAUUACGCCAGCGGCGCGCAGCUGGCGUCGUACGUCGCCUCGCAGCCCAUUAGUCAGCCGGCGGCGGCGGCGGCGGCGCCUGGCGGCGCGGAGGGUGCAGAGGACCGCGAGGGCGGCGAGGAGGGCGGCGAGGGCGAGGGCGCGGAAGGCGAGGAGGGCGGCGAGGGCGACGAGGAGGAGGGCGCCGACGAUGGGCCAAACGGUGGCGGCGACGGCGAGGGCGACGGCGAGCCCACCCGGCGCAGCAAGGCGCCGCCGUGUGCGCCCGUACUGAGCCUGGCGGUGUCGCCAGACGGCUCCACGGUGGCUGUGGUGGUGGAGGGCGAGGACGAGGUGCAGCUGCUGGCGCUGGACUGGGCGACCCGCAGUCUGGAGCCGCGGCAGCGGCUGAGCUGGCCGGACGUGCGCUACCCCUGCCAGGUGGCGUUCGGGCCCACGGGUCAGCUGUGGGUGGUGGGCGGCGUGCCGUUGCCGUCCGCACGGUCGGUGCACGUGGGUGUGGCGCAGCCCGCGGCGGGCGGCGACCGGUACGAGGUGUGUACGGACGCCGUACUGACGCCCGCGGCGCGGGCGGCGCUGGAGGUGCGGGUGCCGGAGGAGGAGGCGCAGAUGGCGGAGGGCGGCGAGCUGUUCGCCUACUCCAAGCGCUACCGCAAGCCCGAGUACGACGAGGCCGCCGCCACCGAGCGCAAGCGCCACCGGGCCGACCACAAGGAGACGGCGCGGCUGGCGGCGCUGCGGCAGCGGCAGGACGCGGCGGCGGCGGGGGCGGCGGCGGCGGCAGAGUCGGGGAAGCAGGCGUGAUUGCUUGGGGGGUUUGUGCUUGUGUGUGGGGGGGGGCGGAUUAGCGUGUGGAUGGGGCUGUGUGCCAGGUGCGCAGGAAUUUCGUUGAAGAGGGUGUUCAGGGCCACAAAUGUUCUCCCUACCGUAGUCGGACAGUUGGUACGCUAAGUGUGGCGGGAUGGCGUGAAGUGGGGGGCACGGUAGUAGGAAGUAGCUGUGUCCGGAUAGUUGCGUGUGUCAUGCAUGCGAUGCGCUGUCUUGUACGGCGGCGCCGUCGGCCGCAGGCUUGGCACAUGGCGCCGACAAAGCUGUCAAUGUUGGACGCCUUGAGAGCCUGCUAAGUAUCCGAUGGGGAGGCAAUCCCUCCUUAUCCGCUGGUGAGCCCAGGACGGGGCCGAGUUGCAAACAGCGCUCGUAUCUUACGAAGGCAGGGGCGGCGUCAGUGGCCGAAUUCCUUAAAAUGGCUUCGAUUA